AUUCCGCACCCCCAUUGAUUCGCGUCAUCUGCCAACCUUGUCCACCACAGCACACACGGCCACGGGCACCACGAACUCCGCCCACCACCUCUCCACAUCCCAUUCCACUCGCAGCGCAUGUCCAACCCGCUCCUGCACGCGCACGCGCGCACGCUCGCCACCUACCGCGCGGCGCUCACAACGGCGCAAGCGCAAACGGCCGAGCUCCAAAACCACCUCGCGGACCUUCAAGCCCUACUCGCGGAGUCCCGACAGUCCGAGGACCUAUGGCAGCGGCAAUGUGCAGCGCUCGACCGAUACACGCGCGUGCAGACGCUCGAGCUUGCGGCUGCCAAAAGGGUCGCCCGCGAGACCGGACAGGAACUCGCGCGUGUUAGGGUUGAGCUCGAGGAUUUGAGGAGGGGGGUUAAGAGGGUGCGCAGGGUUCCGCCGGUCUUGGGGGUGGGAGUGAGGGAUGGGGGGGUCCAGAUGGGUGGGCAAGGGGAGGGGGAUGAGGGGGUGGAUGGGGAGGGGGACGGGGAGAUGGGCCAGCAGGUCGUGAGAGAGUGGGUUGAGGCGACGGGAGUGCUGCCCGAGGCCGUUAAGUGCGACUGUCCUACUGCGAAGGCGGUUAGGGGGUUGUUUGAGGAGAGGGUUAGGAGGAGAGAUAGAGCGAGGGCGGGGGAGGCUCCGAGGGAUGUGCCCAGGCAGUAUGUACCUCCGGUGCCUGGGUUGCAGACUGGCGAGAGGGAGAGGAGACGUGAGUUGCGGGAGAAGUUGAGGGCUACUAGAGAGAAGCUUGGAGAGCGGCGGGUGAGGGCGGUGGACCGGGACCGGGACCGGGACAGGGACAGGGAAUUCCAUGCCAGGCGCGGGAAUAGUACUUUUGAAGACGGAGGGACUGUGACGUUUGAGGUCUGAGGUUUGAGCACGGCGGAGGAUAAUUGCUUUUGGCUGGAGUUACUUGUCUUGACGAUACCUGUCUUUCUGGGUUCUUUUUCAUUCUGCGUAUGGGAACAUCGUCUUUAACAGCAGUCUUAUCCGGUGAAUGAAUGUCGCUGCCCCUCAAUGGUUGGUAUGGGAUCAUCGUUUCGAGUGAGCGAGAGAGAGAGCACCAAUUAAUUAUCGCAUACGGCCU